AUGCGGUCCGCCCCGCUCCUCCUCGCCGCCCUCGCCCUCCCCGCCCGCGCCGCACUCAAGGAAAUAUGGUGGAACAUCACCUACGUUGAAAACGCCAACCCCGACGGCCUCUUCGAGCGACAGGUCAUCGGUGUCAACGGCACCUGGCCCCCGCCCCCGGUCGACGUGUCCACGAACGACACCCUCCUCGUCCACGCGCACAACUCCCUCAACGAGCCGACCAGUCUCCACCACCACGGCAUGUACUUCAACUCCACCUCCUGGAUGGACGGCGCCGUCGGCGUUUCCCAGUGGUGCAUCCCCCCCGGCGACACCUUUGACUACGUCGUUCCCGUGAACGAAUCCGGCCAGUGGGGCUCUUACUGGGUCCACGCGCACGCCUCCGGCCAAUACGUCGACGGCCUGCGCGCACCGCUCGUCAUCCACCCCGAAAAAGAAGCCCACUCGUACGACGCGGAAUACACCGUCGUCCUCGGCGACUGGUACCACGACCAGCACUCCACCCUCCUCGACCAGUUCAUCAGCAUCUCCAACCCCGGCGGCGCCGAGCCCGUCCCCGACGCCCCGCUCAUCUACUUUGCACAAAACGGCGCGUACCUCGCCCCCGCCCCCGGCACGUCGCCCUCGGGCUCGACGUCCGCCGUCGGCUUCAACGAGAACGCGACGCUCGCGUUCGAGCCCGGAAAGACGUACCGCCUGCGCGUCGUCAACACCGCCGCGUUCGCCAUGUUCUUCUUCUGGAUCGACGGCCACGAUAUGCGCAUCAUCGAGGCGGACGGCACGGACAUCGAGGAGUACCCGAUCGACCUCAUUAGCGUCACCGUCGCGCAGCGCUACUCGGUGCUCGUCACCGCUAGGAACGACACCAACGUCACCAACUGGGCGAUCCACGCCAACAUGGACACCGACAUGUUCGACACCGUGCCGGACACCCUGAACCCGAACGCGACCGCCUUCAUCACCUACUCCGCGAGCGCGCCGCUCACCGACCUCGGGACGAUCGACGCCUACUCUGACGUGCCCGACAUCGACCUCGUCCCGCUCACCGUCGAGGCGAUGCCGCCCGUCGACGAGACGUACGAGCUCGAGGUCACGUUCGACACGAUGGACGACGGCACGAACCACGCGAUGUUCAACCAGGUGACGUACAACGCACCGCUGGUGCCGACGAUACUGUCCGAGCGCACGCUCGCGGAGAACGCGACCGUCGCGGAGGCGUAUGGCCCGAACCACAUCGUCGUGGAUCAUCUCAAGGUGUUCGACAUCGUCGUGCAGAACGGGGACGCGGGAAAGCAUCCUUUCCAUCUGCACGGGCACAAGAUGCAGAUCGUGGGCCGCUCGGAGGACUACACGUCCGACAACGCGACGCUGAACCCGCCGAUCGUCGAGGGGCAGAAGAACCCGAUGCGCCGCGACACGGUGCAGGUCCCCUCGGGCACGUCCGUCACGCUCCGCGUCAUCGCCGACAACCCCGGCGCGUGGUUCUUCCAUUGCCACAUCGAAUGGCAUCUCGAAGUCGGGCUCGCCGUGACCUUCCUCGAGGCGCCGGCGCUCGUGCAGCAGCGCGGGAGCGUCCCGCCGUACCUCACGUCGCAGUGCCAGCAGCUGGGGAUGCCGAUCUCUGGCAACGCGGCGGGGCACGCGUCGACGACGGACCUGUCGGGGCUCACCGUCGGGCCGUUCCCGCAGCGGAACGGGUGGCACUCGAAGGGCAUCGGCGCGAUGGCCGGGUGCGUGCUCGCGGCGGUGCUCGGGAUGGCGUCGGUGGUGUGGUAUGCGAGGGGCGAGCAGCUGAGCGAGGAGGAGGUGGAGGAGGAGACGAGGAGGAAGGUGGAGGAGAAGAGGCGGAGGGGGCGGUUUUGGGGGCUUGGGAAGAAGAGGGAGUGAGCGCGGAUGUGAGGCGGGUGCGGGUGCGGGUGCGGGUGCGGUUUGUAUUAUGGGUAUGAGACGAGACGCGGUGGGAUCCUGGCUAUGAGGUUCUUGGAUUGUUAUGACGGUUCGCCAUGCGAUGCGAUGAGACGCGGAGGACGACGCGCACGAUGAUCGUGCGACGGCACUUUACACUUAUUUACUUACUUGCCCGAUCGUGCAUGUAUGCGUCGCGCCCCACCCCACGGGGCGCCUACUUUUUUUUUUUCAAAAAAAAAAAAAAAAAGAAAC